AGUUAAUAUGAUACAGAAACCCGUAUUUUUCCUAAGCAGAAAAACCAGUUGUUACUCUGAUCGCCCCCAGUACGGCUGAUUUUGCAACACGCUCGACCAAAGAGUUUCGUCAGUGCCGCCACGACCGGAAUACGAAAACGUUGUGCGUUGGCUGACUGUUAUGUGACACCUUUGCCUGUUUUGUUUUUUAAUUUUUCUUCUGAGCUGUCAUUGAUUUUUGGUGACAGCAAUGUGAAGUGAAAAAGUGUGUUUUUGGUGGAAACAGUGAAAAGUGACAAUAAACAAAGGACUGGACUUAACACAACAGCAGAUCUUAGGUUAAACUGGCACAAUGACUCGAGCACGGCACAGAUGGCUGGGGAUCAGUUUGUUUUGCGUCCUGCUGGCGGCAGAGCUCCCGGUCUCGUCUGCCGUGAGAGCCACCUCGCUGAUCUUCAAGCCCAGCACGAGCACCACCACAAGUACAGCCGCCCCAGAGGGACUGGACGCGGAGGGCGGGGAAAUGGCGGACAUCAUGGCAGAAGAAGCCGAGACCAACGCCACAAACUCCAAAUACACAGGCGUACCACAAGUGGAUUACAUCUAUGACCCAAACUUACCAAGAGAGCUGAACGGGUUCAACCUGUCUGACUACCCGUUCUAUGCGACGGUGCCGGCGCUUGAGUUCAUAGACUUCAAGUGUGAUGGCCUGCACGAUGGGUUCUACGCUUCUAUUGCUCAUAAGUGUCAGGUGUACCACCACUGCAUCUACGGCAUCCGGCACGACUUCCUGUGCGCCAACUACACGGCGUUCGACCAGAAGACCUUCAUCUGCCAGUUCGUCUCUGAAGUCGACUGCAAGAACUCCGCUAACUACUUCCACAGAAACGACGCCCUCUACAAAGCAACCACAGCCGCGCCGACGCCGCCGCCGCCCACGACCACCACCACGGCCGCCCCAGCCACCCGCCGCCCAGCCAGGCGCCGCCCUUCGAGAUAUGAUUAUUACGAUGACGAGGAUUAUUAUGAUUAUGUUGAACGUUCCAGUGGUAGCAGACGGCGUCGUCCGCAGCGGCCCCCGACCCGGGGGGGAGGUCGUCGGAGGAGACCUUACGACGAUUACGAAGAGGAUGAUAGAACGCAACCAAGAAGACGGCCUGAGGAGGAAGAUGAAGAGUUUGAUGAUGAUCAGAGCCGUUUCCAGGGAUCCAGAGGCGAAGACAGAAGGAGACCUUACGAGGAAGAAGAAGAAAGACCUAGGUAUAGACCUAGACCUAGAAGGCCUUACAGAGGAAGGAAUGAAGAUAAGGAUGAAGAGGAUUACGAAGCCAGACCGCCAAAACGUGAUGAAUUUGACACAAGGCCACCUAAACGGGAUAACGUAGAUUCUAGGCCUCCUAAGCGAGAUGAAAUUGAUACUAGACCGCCAAAACGUGAUGAGUUUGACACUAGGCCACCUAAAAGAGACGAUUUUGACACUAGGCCACCUAAAAGAGACGAAUUUGAUGCUAGGCCUCUUAAAAGAGAUGAGGAUUCAAGGCCUCCUAAACGCGAUGAUUUUGACUCUAGACCACCAAAACGCGAAGAAGUUAGGCCAAGAGAUGAAAUUAGACCAAGAGAUGAAAUCAGACCUAGAGACGAAGUAAGUCCUUUAACCGAAAAACCAAGAGGUGUAUUCAAGUCUAGAGAUGAAUUGCUAGCAAGGGACGCGAGGAGACCAAUCCGUGAUGAUGUAAAGCCAAGAGAUGACUAUAGGCCCAGAGAUGAGAUUAGACCACGAGAUGAAGUCAAAUCCCGUGACGAAUUCAAGCCAAGAGACCAGACAAGAACAAGAGAAGACAAACGACCCGUAAGAGAUGACAUUCGGCCACGAGAUGAAAAGCCAGCUAGAGAGAGUUCAAGACCUAGAGAUGACAGGUAUCAAGAUAAACAGAAAGAUGAAGGAAGACGGUACAGAGAUGAUGAUAGAAGACCGUACAGAAAUAGAGAUGAUUCAGAGGAUCAAGACAGACCUUCCAAACCUGUGAGACAUUAUGAUGAUGACAGAGUUGAAGACAAAAGACCCCCACCAUCAGCACCUGAAGGUACACAACUAGUAAAACCUAACGGCCAUGGAAUCUUCAGCCAACCACGAAUGCCACCUAAGAUCAAAAGGCCGGUCCCUGCCAAUGAAAAACAAAAGUAUGAUUACGUUCCAGUAGCUACAACUAAACCACCGCCAAAAACUCAAGACGAUGAUGAGUAUUAUGACUAUGAAGAAGAUGAAACUAGUAAACCAUCAUCUUCAGGAAAAAGUAGCGCUGUUCAGCAAAGACCUAGACCUGAACCGGUUGAAAAGGAAAAGUUUAGACCUACCAGACCUAAUUUCUCUAGUCCCGCGAGCUCUUACAAGGCAAAGAAAAGGCCAAUAGAUUACGAUGACGAUUAUUAUUACGAUCAUCCACCAAAAUCGCAGAAAUACGCACAAAAAGCCGAAAAGCCUAAGAAACCUUUAGACGAUUUGGACGAGUACGACUACGAGGUAGAACCAGUAGAAAAGGAUAGAAGAUCUUACAACACACCUAAGCCAGAAGAGGAUAGAAUCUUACCAGCUCGGGCUAAGGAUGUGAGAAUGAAUGUGAAGGUUAUCAAGAGGCCUUUUUUACCGUCUAGGGGUGGAAACCCGUACUUACCGAGAGGCCUUCAACCGGUCGCCGGGAAAAACUUAAGUAGCCCUCCGCCUACCACCCCUAAACCCCUUCCUACAACCACCACUACUACUACCACUUCUACUACAACAACUACAACUACGACCACUCCUGAACCCACAACCGUUUCGACUACAGAAAAAAUCGUCACGCCAAGUAUAUCUGAAGAAGAUGAAUACGAAUACUUCGAUGAGGAUGAAGACGUUGCCACUGAACCUUUAACCACAACAUCUACAACAGAAGCACCUAGAACUAACCCACCAGAAAUCACAACUGAAUCUCAGAGCGCUGAAACGGCAACAAGCUAUGAAGAAAAGGCUAAAAAUGUGGCAGCGAAAGUCUUAAGAGUAUACAAUGAAAAUUACGAAGCUAUCAAAGAUAAACUAGAAACAACUUUGACACCGGGUGACUAUCUGAAAUCCUAUUUGAACCCAACCAUACCACCACUGCCAGAAAAGGAACACUACAUUCCAAAACCAGAAAUAUCGAAACCGUACACAGCUACUGGAAAACCUUUGAUACCAGAAAACAUUUCGAUAAAACAGAAUUUAGCUGAUUCAGUGGAAGCUGAUUAUGAUGAUGCAAUCAACGAAGCAGCCCCAGCCUACAAAUACAUACCAUCACCGGCGCCCACGCAACAAAUUUCCCAUUUAAGAAAUGUUCCCAACACUUAUGUUUUACCAGCAGAUAGGGACUACACAUUUUCGAGAUUCAGAGGCAGCUAUCCAAACAUUGACCCACAAUAUUCUGCCUCAGAAUUGACGAGCUAUCGCGUGAACAAAAGACCUCAAAUUAAUGUGAGUUUGAGGACUCCAAAUUCGUUUUAUAUUCAGCCAAAUCAUAGAUUGACACCGGCGUUUUCUCAAGAUGACAUGAACAGUAGACCGCCUAGACAACUGGUGUACAGGCCGGUGGCUGGGUUAGGAUCUUACUUCUAAUUGUGAUGCGCUUUGGUAACCUUUGAAAGAUAUCGUCUUUUUCUUAUUAUUACUUAUUGUUUGGAGAAAUUAUGCAUGUUGGCAUUUUUGGGAAGGCUAAACUGUUGAAGGGAAUUCGCUAUUUGGUGAAUUGUGGUGGCAUACUUAUAUUAUUUAUAAUUUAAAUAGAAUUGAGGAAAAUAAUCUAAAUAUUGGCACUCUCGAAAGAUUUGCAACGUAUCUUUGUAUGUCUCCACAAUUCCAAAUGAGGAUUUUUUAUAAAAUUAUAUGAAAAAUAAUUAGAUGUAGGGUGUAUAAAUUUUGUAAAUAUUAUUAAAGCAUUCGAUUUAAAUAACAGUUUAGACUAUGUUCAACAAAAACGAGUUCUGCAGGAUUUUAUAUCGGAAAAAUUGAAUUUAUCUUCUAUAUAGUACCUAUUUUAUUCUGUCUUAGUUUGUAAUUUUUGUUUAUUCUCAGAAAAGUCUGCCAAGACCUACUUAAGUAGAAGUAGUUGAUAAAAUACUCUGAUAUGAUAAGUUACCUUAAUAUUUUUAAGAUUUAUUGAAUUACUUUUUUCAAAGGUUACCUAAAAUCUCAACAAGUAGUACCUACCUAGACCUGUAAAAAUAUAUUUUAUAAAUAAACUUUACACAAAUGAAUUCCAUUAGAAUUAUUUAAGAAGAAAAUGAAAUAAAACCAUAUAAAUACGA